GCCUAUUAUUUGUGCCAAAAGAGACUUUCAGAUUAUCUGCUCAAAGCCCUCCCUUUAUAGAUAUUCGCAGGGACAAAUGCAAUGUCAGUAUAUCCCAGAACGUCCUCAGAUAUACCUCUAGACACAAUGGAAAAACAAUCAAACCAAUCCCUCUACGGAGACUCAGAAUCUUCACCAUACCACCAAUACAAUGAUUAUAUGUAUGGUCAAGAAGACCCACCGUCAUCUAGCGAAGAACGUGCGUUUGUUCGUAAAUUGGACUUUAUGAUCAUGCCCAUUAUCUGCACCAUCGAUUUUCUUCAGUUCCUUGAUAAAUCUACAAUUACAUAUGCAAGUGGCUUUGGCUUUAGAGAAAAAGUAAACCUUGUAGGAAACCAAUACGCUCUACUAGGGUCGAUUUUCUAUCUCGGCUAUUUGGUAUUUCAGAUACCAAAUAACUUUUUAUUACAGCGAGUACCACUUGGAAAAUACAUAGGCGUCAUGGUGUUUCUGUGGGGAACAGUCUUGGCCCUAACAGCACUUGGACACAAUUUCUCACAAAUUGCAGCCAUGCGCUUUUUACUCGGAUUUUUUGAAGCAGGCAUAUACCCUGCCCUUACCCUUCUUGUCAGUACUUUUUAUCGUCGCUCUGAACAAAUCACUAGAUUGGGCGCAUUCUGGCUGUGCAACGGGUUAGGGCUUAUUAUCGGAGGAAUCCUUACUUAUGGAAUCGGAACCAUGAAAAAUCUGAGGGGUCUUGAGGAGUGGCAAUGGAUUAUGAUAAUUCUUGGCUCUAUUACCGCCACAGUUGGAGUUUUCUCUUUCUUCUUCUUGAUCGACAAUCCGAAAUCGCGAGCCUUAGAAUUAAAUGCCGAACAGGAAAUCUUGGUCGAAGAACGAACCAGAGAUAAUGCCGUCGUACGUACCUCGGUAAUGAAAAAAAGUCAGAUCCUUGAGGCUCUACGUGAACCACGUUUCUGGUGCUUUUCCUUCGCAUGUCUUCUGAUAAACCUUCAAAACGGUGCCAUGACAGUUUACAGUUCACAGAUUACGAUGGGCUUUGGAUUUACAGGUCUUCAAUCUACACUUCUAAGUGUUGGCUCCGGAGGAUCAGUCAUACUGAUGAUUGUACUAUCAAUCAUCAUUGUUAGAAAGACCAGAGAAACGAUAUAUACUGCCUGCUUUAUGAUGAUAAUUGACAUAAUCGGCUUGAUCCUUCUUCUUGUCAUUCCAGAAACACGCGCAAAACUUUUUGGAUUUUACCUAGCCUGGUCCUAUGUUGGAGCAUAUGUUCUUAUGAUUACCUCUAUUUCUAACAAUGUAUCUGGAUACACUAAAAAGAUCUUUUAUAACGGUCUUAUUAUGAUAUUCUAUACAAUCGGAAACUUCUGUGGUCCGCUCAUGAUGAACGAAAGUCACGCACCAAGAUAUCUAGGCAGCAUGGUCGGCUAUAUUAUCGCCAGUUUUAUAACCAUCAUACUCAUGUUGGUUGCACGUUGGAGAAUGGCAAAUGUAAACCGCAGACGACUUGAAAACUCAUCAGCAAUAUUAACCAACGUGGAAGAUGAUUUGAGUGAUAUCCAGGACCCUAACUUUAUCUAUCGCUUGUAAACUUCAAUUUAGACAAAUUAUACUUCAAAACCUCCACCUUCCCUUCCCUUCCUCUCUCUCUCUUUCUCUCUUUUGCUUUUUUAAAGCACUGUAAUUUAUCCUACAUCAUUUAUACUUUAUUACAAUAACUAAAAGUAUCAUUUUCUUUGUUUAAUAGACCAAAGUUAAUAUGAUACAUCUUUGUUAACCAAUACAUUGCACAUAUCUAUAACCAUUUAUAAUAAAACCAUACAUUUCCAUGUAGAAGAAGUGUCAGGUUUUUGU